AUGUCAGCGCCCAACCUCUACCACACCUUACUACGUCCGCCAGUUAUUCAGAUACUUCGCGCUGCAGGUUUCCAUUCCGCGAGUCCUGCCGUCAUUGACACCGUCACUGACCUGGCCGCUCGCUAUUUGAUUCUCCUCGUCUCGCUCACCAGCGACCAUGCCAACAACAGCCACGAUGAAAUCCCCAUUCCAAACCUCCACGACGUUGUCAUGGCUUUGCAGGAUGUUGGUGCCCUGAGACCCCAAAUGUCUUUCUCGGAGGAGACACUUAGGGGCGAAGAGGAUAUGCGUGGACUCGAGUCGUUUAUGGCCUGGUUUUCAGGGCCAGCCAAUAAGGAAAUCAGACGGGUAGCUGGAUUCCUCCCCAGCGAAGGGGAUGUGGUGGAUGAAGACUCGCUCGAGAAAGAGGAUUACUUGACUGCCUUAAAGAAGAAGCAUAGCAAAACCGGUGAGGAAUCACGGUACCAAGGUACUGUCCUCGGAAAAUGCGGAGAGGUGCAUCCCAUUGUCAUAGAGGGCGGAGCUCAGAGUAUAAAAGCUUGGGGUAUGCAGGUUCGAUCGGGAGAAGCGAGCACCGAGGCCGCCUCAUCCGUCAUGAGCAGUGUCCCGAGCAGUCUGUCAGAUGUGGCGGCAAUGGAAAUAUGA